UCUUCCUCCUCUCUGUGGUGCGGGCGGGAGGAAGGAAGGGGAGCGGCGUUUCCGCCCAGGCCGGAAGUGGAGCCGCGAGUCCCUCACGCGAGCGGGUUGUUGUCGGUGUCUCGGGGCUGCCGGCCGCCGCCUCUGCCCGCCCCGCCCCGCCCCGGCUGCUCUGACAGGAUAUGUAACAUGACACUGAUAUUCUGGACAGUUUAUCAUAGGAGCUUCUGUGAAGGUAACUUUUUGAAGUAAUGCCCACAGAAAGUGGAAGUUGUGCAACUGCUCGCCAAGCAAAGCAGAAGCGCAAAUCGCACAGUCUUUCUAUACGAAGAACCAACAGUUCUGAGCAAGAACGGACAGGAUUGCAAAGAGACAUGUUGGAAGGGCAGGAUUCUAAACUUCCUUCAUCUGUUCGAAAUACACUUCUUGAGCUUUUUGGGCAAAUAGAGCGAGAGUUUGAAAACCUUUAUAUUGAAAAUCUUGAAUUACGUCGAGAAAUUGAUACACUCAACGAACGCUUAGCAGCUGAAGGACAAACAGUCGAUGGAGCUGAACUGAAUAAAGGACAACUGAAAGCAAAAGCCAGUCAUAGUACCAGUCAGCUUUCUCAGAAAUUAAAGACAACUUACAAGGCAUCUACUAGCAAGAUUGUAUCCAGUUUCAAAACUACAACAUCAAGGGCAAUAUGUCAAUUGGUGAAGGAGUAUGUUGGCCACAGGGAUGGUAUUUGGGAUGUCAGUGUCACGAAAACUCAGCCAGUGGUGUUGGGAACUGCAUCUGCUGAUCAUACUGCUAUGCUGUGGAGCAUAGAAACUGGGAAGUGCCUUGUCAAGUAUGUAGGGCAUGUUGGAUCAGUAAAUUCCGUAAAGUUCCAUCCAUCAGAGCAAGUAGCUCUCACAGCGUCUGGAGACCAGACAGCUCACAUCUGGAGAUACAUGGUUCAGUUGCCCACGCCUCAGCCAACUGCAGACUGCAAUCAAAUAUCUGGGGAAGAUGAAAUUGAGUUCUCAGAUAAAGAUGAACCUGAUGGAGAUGGAGAUGCUUCCAGUGACUGUCCAACUAUACGAGCUCCCUUAACAUCUCUUAAAAGCCAUCAGGGAGUGGUUAUAGCAGCUGACUGGUUGGUUGGAGGGAAGCAAGCUGUAACAGCUUCAUGGGAUAGGACAGCAAACCUGUAUGAAGUGGAGACAUCAGAACUUGUUCAUUCUCUGACAGGGCAUGACCAAGAGCUAACACAUUGUUGUACACAUCCCACCCAACGUCUUGUGGUGACUUCAUCACGUGAUACAACCUUCCGUCUGUGGGAUUUCAGAGAUCCUUCUAUCCAUUCUGUGAAUGUCUUUCAGGGCCACACAGACACUGUGACAUCAGCAGUUUUCACUGUGGGUGACAACGUUGUUUCGGGUAGUGAUGACCGCACUGUAAAAGUCUGGGACUUGAAAAAUAUGAGAUCUCCUAUUGCAACUAUCCGUACAGACUCUGCAGUAAAUAGGAUUAAUGUGUGUGUUGGCCAAAGAAUCAUUGCCCUUCCACAUGACAACCGACAGGUUAGAUUAUUUGACAUGUCAGGUGUGCGAUUAGCAAGGCUUCCUCGCAGUAACAGACAGGGCCAUAGGAGAAUGGUAUGCUGUUCUGCGUGGAGUGAAGACCAUCCAAUCUGUAACCUGUUUACUUGUGGGUUUGAUCGUCAGGCAAUUGGCUGGAACAUCAACAUCCCUGCAUUGUUACAAGAAAAAUAAAAAUGCGGAGAAUUUUUGCAUUUUGUGUGGCCAUGGACUCUUAAACUUUUAUGCAGACUUUUCUGAAUAUUAGUCUGUCAUUGCUGUAAAAGUUCUUCCUUGAACAGAGUGCUUUGCAAAUGUCGUUCUUGUUACCACAUUGUGCACAGUUUGCAUGAAAUGUACAGGAAAUGUGACUUUUUUAAAAAUUAGAUUGUCUUGUGUAUGAACUUUUAUAUCUUACUACCCGUUGGUCAGUAGAAAGGAAGUUCAUAGUUAUAUAGAGCACAUACGUGUUUCUAAGUUAUUCAGCAUUUGAUAGUUGAACAGUAGGGCAUUAAAUUUGUGACUUAAAUGUGAAAUGUAUGUACUUAUUAUGAAGAAUAUAUAGUAGUCUGUUACAUUUUUCCAUAACUACAUAUCUGCCUUGUGUUAAAGAAUCUGCAGGGCUAAACUUUGAAGUGUGAAUUUCGCUAGUAGUAGGAUGGUUAACAUUUCUUUGCAUCUAUGAUUUUUAGUACUGCAGUAUAGUGUAACUUCAACUCCCAUGUUAUUCUAGUUAUUGGAGAGAAGGCUUGGGAAGGAAAGGAUGAGCAACCUCUUCUAGUGUGUAUAGAAUGCAGAAUUACAGCAUUCCGAAUGUUUUUUGGGUUUUUUUUUACAUUUCUCUUGACAAAGAACAAGGAAAUGUUCAUUCUACCCUUUAUGUACAAAGCUCUUUUGGAUCUUGUAGCAUCUGUCACUAGCAACAAUCCCAAAUCUAAUCAUUAAAAUCUAGGGGUGUUGUACAUGUGUGGAGGGAGGAGGGCAUUUUAAUUAGAGCAGCUUUUGGGACCCAUUCUAAUUAAAGCACCCACAGCAUCUCAUAUAUUCAGUGUCCCGUGUUUCAAAAUGGCGACAGGGCACUUUAACUAAAGAUCAUUCAACAAGCUUUAGUUAAAGCAUCACCAUCGCCAUUUUGAAAUGCGGGGACGCUGAAUACAUGAGACACUGCGGCACGCUGGAGUAUUCCAAUUAGAAUGCUCCAGCAGGCUCGAUUAAUGCCCUGCCACAUUCUAAUCGUCCGAGCACGUGUAAAAGUGCCCACAUAGUUGAGCAAAUUUUAAAGCACUUUAGUUUAUAGCGACUGUUAUAAACCAUUUAUGAAAAUUUCUGAUGACUUUACCAGUGCAUGUGAGUUGACCUUUGUAAGAAGGAUUUGCUUUUUUUUUUUGGUGAUCUACCCAGAAAGAAAGUGUUGUUUAUUUUUUACAUCUACAGUAAACAUAUUUUAAAUGGGUUCACUUCCUUUGUUUUGAGCCAGCAAUACAGAGUAUAUGAGUACUACCUCAAAAAUGAAUUUCAGUCAGAUUACAUUGAAUCUCUGUAGCUUAAAAAAAAGCACUUUGGAUCCGUGGCUGAAGUACUGUCUUUUGGGUGAGAGGAAAGACAAUCAUACUAACUGUGGUCUUUAAGAUAAUUAACACUUAAGGCUAAUGGGGCAAUACCACAAGUAAACAUCAUCUGUCACCUUUGUUCUUUCAGCUGUAGCUAGGGCUGCUCUAGCCCCUGUUCAUUCCUAAAGGGAAUAAUUCUGUAUGUUUUCCACCCUUACUCUCAAGAGAUACUACUCUAAUUUUGCUCUUCACUACAUUUAGCCUUGUUGCACUUGCUGUUGAUCAUGUAAGUAAAUGUAUGUGGCAGCUGACAUUUUCAGCAGGAAUGGGAAGGCUAUAUUGAAGGCUGCUUCAGACCUACCUUCUUUUAGCUAAAGGGAAAUAGUGCUCCAAAUUGUCUGACAUAUCACAGUAUAAGAUGAAGGGUCAAAGUAAUCAGAGGGUGGGUUCUUGUAGUAGGAUUAAUAGAGUUUAAAGUAGAUUGCCAUUAUAUAUUGUAUUAUGAUCUUUUAAUCGCAUUCUUAUGAUUAUAUGAAGCAAUAGCUGAGCUACAGCACUGUUUAGAACAGAGAUGAGAGGCUGAUUUGUUAACUGGCUCUCUUUUUAAUUAAUAUACAAAGACAAGGUGUGGAGGGAGAUGGGAGGGUAAGUGCACCAUUGAGUAAUUAUGAGAAAAUUGGGGUCCUAGAACAUAAAACCAAGAGGGUAAUACAGGGCUUAGGUAGUUAAUGGAGCGACUGAGAAUGUAUGCAUAGAGCAGAGUCUUAAAGAAGCUUAAUUUUUUUUUUUAAGUACAGUACUUGAUUUUUUGAGUUACAGCAUAUAUAUAAUAUGUAGGAAGUCUUCUAGAGUUGCCACAGAACAAUAAUUACUAAUAAAAGGUUGUGGUGAGCAAAUGUAGGCUUUACCUGCUGGUAGCAGAAGACUUCUUUAAAGAACACUGUUGAAUUGUUUCUAAUUUCAAGUUGCUUUUGCUUUCAGCACUUUGGAAAUUUGAAUUUAAACUGAUUUUUUUUUUUUUCAACUCUGGAACAUGCGUACUGGCUUGGUGUUUGUCUGCAGGUAUGUUCUCUGGGGAAAAAAAAAUCUCAUUUUUUGUUGAAGAGGAAGGGGCACAAAGGUGAGAUAUACUAGAACAAGUGCAUUCUUGAUAGGGAGAAAUAUUCACAUGCACUAUAUGCAGUCCAGUUAAGAGAAUCAGAGGAGAUCCACAGACAGUGUUUUUGAGCGAUGAGUAGCCCUUUAAGUUCACAGACUUGACAAAAACAUAGGCUGGAAUAAAGAUCCAUAUUUUGGUCCUGCCCACUUAAACUGUCUUUAAGCUUCUCUAACAUAUGUAGCAGAAAAGCCAUAUAUAUGGAGAGAGCUAGGACCAGUAAAGUCUAUGAAGUUUAGUUGUUAUCACUACCAGUGGCUGCCAAGCUCUGAAACGAAAAAAUGAGGUUACUAAUAAUUUUCACUGAAAAAAAGAAUCAACCAAGGUGUAGAGAGCCAGGUUCCUAGGAGUCACCUAAUAUCUGAUCAGUUGAACUACUGUACUAUCUUUUUUUUUGCUGUGCUACUUGGAUUAAUAUUAAGGCCAUAAAUGUCUUUUCCACAAGUUGCAGGUGAGUGACAGCAGUGGAUAGUGCUGCAUUAACUAAAUGGUUGUAAACAUUUCAGAGUUGUAGCUGAGGAUUGCAGCAGUUGAGUAUUCAAAAGAGAAUUGUUUAGCACUGAACAAGUUAUGUCCAGCAUUUCAUAAAAUGGAGGAAGGUUGCUGUUACAUUUUCAGUAUUGAUGCAGGCUUUCACAAAGGAUGUAUCACGGGGCAAAAUUGAGAACCUUUUAUGUAUGUAUGUGUGUGUAUUUUUUCUUUCAAGCAAUGCACAUCAAUUUUCAGAUUCAGAUUCUGUACAUACUUUGGAAUCAGAAAAAUUGGGUGUGAAACAUCUUUUUGUUGUUGUUGUUACCCAAGUCUGUGAAAACCAACUUACUUUGGAACAAAAUCCUGAAUUUAUAUGUGGAACCACUUUUUUAUUUACUUACUUUGAUGAUUUUGUUUUUAGAUGUUCAGUGUUUUUCUUCAUUAUAUUUGAAAAUGCAUUAAAUCAUACAACAAAGUUUUGUAA